AUGUCAUCGAAAUCUCCAGAUUUGUUCGCACAAAUUCCGCAAAAAGCCUCUGGUCGCUGGAGAUCUUCGCUGGUUAUUGAUCAUGGACUGAACGAGUCUGGAGUAAUCCCUGCAGGCUUGGAGAUUGCCGAGAGCAGUGCAAUUUCCCCGAUAAUCAUUUCACCCAAUGGUAAUUUGAUUAUCGAGUAUGAGAACUCACCCUCAACCGACGGUGGCGUGUUUUGGCAAGUAUCCCUUGAGAUGCUCGUCGAAAAAAGCAGCUACUUUAGGGUCAUGCUAGAUCUGAACAAGUUCUCCGAAGGGGCGAAGCUUGCACAACAACUGGAGGCCAUGAAAACUAGCACAGAUUCACAUCCAUCGCUCAUCCUCAAGGAUAUUCCGGCUCCAGUUACAUUGCCUGUGAUAGCAAUCACGUCAAAUGCGACGACUAGACUUUAUGGCGCAGAUGCCCUCGGGCUUUUCUUGAAGAUUCUCUGCUUGGAGUCAAUGGAUGAUUCUGUCAGAAAGCUUUUCACUGAUGCUUUGCAACUGGAGUCGCCGUCCGUAAUUGCAAAACUUAUCCAAGUUGCUGACUCGUUCAAUUCCCCGGAUGUUGUUGAAUCGGUCCUUUGUUCGGUUGGUUACCAAUAUGGCAAGAAGGGGAGAUCCUCGUUUUGUUCCUUUAGCACUACACUUUUGAAGAUGAACGAAGAUCGUUUGCGACAAAUUAUUUUGAUCUCCAAGAAUCUUAAUGAUCAUGAAGUCACCAGAGUCCUCACUCAUACGCUCAUUCUGCUUGGCUCGAAGUACUGGCUUAAUGGACCCCACCAUCCAAGGCGCGAUUUCCUUCUAUGGCAGUAUCUACCUGGUAAACUUGAAGAGGAGCUGUACUACCGGCGGCAGUGUGUCAUGGCAACAAUCACAGAUUUACAAUCCCAUUUCCUCCGUGCAUAUGGCGUGCUAGAGGACACUGACCCUAAACCCCCUGUCUCUGUACCAGCGCAAAGGCCAAUGGUCAUGCCAUUUUCUACACCACAGAAACGACAAUUUCAGUGCAGAGCAGGACUUGCGAACGGAAGCGAAUGCGAUAUCUUCCAAGUCGGUCAACUAAUACGUUUCUUUGCUAUGAGGAGCAAAACCGUCUUCCUUGGAUCAAAUUUGUUGGAUCCUGACCUCACCCUCAACCCUGAGAGUGAGGGCGAAGAAAGGCGAGGAAGCUCAGACCUCUUUGAUUUAUCUGAUAUCACUGCCAUACUAUCGACCUUGAAAGAAUUCCCUGACUAUCAAGUUGACCUCAAUCAUGGAGGCUGUGGCAUCAAACGUCGAAUCUCUCCUAUCAUCCCCUGCAUUGAAAAGUUACUCUUAAACCCAAAGAGUCUUAUAGGGAUCGAUUAUGGUGACUGGAACAACACCUUCUCUCGCCAAUCAACAGAGUGGAAGACAGGCACAAAGGCAUAUUGCGUUGAUGUACGCCAGUCGAACCUCCAGGCAGUCCAAGAAUCGAAGAAUGGGCCUUAUCGUACACUCUCCACCAUGAACAGCACCAGAGACGCUAGGCUUUUCUUCACUGCGAAGAAACGCAACUGGGAGGCAUAA